ACUAAACUUGAAUUCUAAUCAUUCAGCAGUUUUAUUAACGGUCCUCGUAAACGGUUGAGCACGGCUUCUUAAUAGCUUAACAGUGAGCACAAACUAUAAAUUCAAUCAGUAUUUUUUGACGGCGGCCUUGAGAGCAUCCAUUUCAGUCUGCGCUGCUGUGUAACAAAGCAUUUCAAUAAAAAAAGUGAGCAAAUAAUUUGGUAAAAUGGGCUACGAUAUGGAGCGUUUCGUUGGUGGAGCAAUUGAAAGCGAAUUCCUCUGCCAAAUUUGCGCAGCUGUUCUGCAAGAUUGUGUGCAAACACCAUGCGAGCACUACUUUUGCCUGGCGUGCAUAAACAAGUGGCUUGCAUUAAACAAGACCUGUCCAGCCGAUCGACGACCAUUACGGACGACUGACUUAAGGGAACCAUGCCGGUUACUUCGUAAUGUACUCGCCAGAAAGGCAAUAAAAUGUGAUUUUGCCGAGCGUGGAUGCAAAACGGUUGUGAAAUUGGAAAAUUUGUCUACCCAUGUGUCAGAGUGCAUCAUGAAUCCAAAUGCAGAAAUGAAUUGCACGAAGGGAUGCAAUCUGCGAAUAAAGCGACGCGAUCAGGCGGCCGAUUGUUUUGAACACUUCAACAUUAAAAUGCAGAGUCAGAAUUUGGAAAUAUCAGAACUAUCGCAGCUGGUGAACGGUCAUCGCGCUGAGAAGGAUAAACUCAAAGAAGAGAUUACUAAACUAGAAGACACGGUCUCGCUACAAAGACAGGAGAUCGAUAGUCUUGACAUUGGACGAUUCAGCAGAGUUCGAUUGCUUCUAACUGCGGACAGCGACAUCGCUUGGCAAUAUACCGAAAAUUUGAAAACGAAUCAUAUUCAAGGUGUCUUGGAAAGCAACGAUAAAUCUAAGAAGGCGAUUGCACAGUUGGCUCAUCAAUUAGAGCCGUCCCGUUUAGGUUUCAGUGUGUGUGUAUUGAACAACGGUAGUUUGAUCGGAAUGGGAUUGGCAGGUAGGAGCACUACACCACGCCAGACUCUUGAUAGAGAUUUGCUUUAUGUAAAUAGCGGAACUAUAUUUUUCAAUGGAAGUAAGGCCUAUUCGGGAGAAGAAUGGAAAGAGGGUGACCACAUUGGUUGUUAUGUCCAAUUUCCGACAGAUGGACCCAGCUUCUUAAGUGCUACUUCUAUAAAAGGAAGUAUUUCCUUUUAUAGGAACUUUGAAUGUGUCACCGUUCUUGAGUCGGUAGAGCUUCUUCGAAUGUUUCCAACUGUUUGUAUUGGUAAUUGAAUUGUAAUAGCGAGAUAAAACCGAUUUCGGAAUUUAUUUUAAAUCCUACAGUACUAACAAAAGAUCUCCAACACUCCAAUCGAAAGUGCACACGCUACUAUACAUUCCAUUUACUACUUUCCACAAAUUUCCACAUUUAUUCGACAUUAAGUCUCAUUAAUUUAUGAAAAACAAAUACUUUGAUAAACGAACGUUUAUUCUUCUGAUUGACCUUUUCAAGUGUCAAGUAAGAAAUUUUCGCCUAUAGACUCUUUAGUACUGAAGAGAACGAAAACCAGUUAAAUUUAACUGAUCUCGUGAUCAGCUGUAUUCAUAAAUUAAAAGGCUCAGUUUAAAUUCUUAAUAUAUAUUACACACUUGUCACGAAGAAGUCGAGGCUUGCCGAGAUCACAUAU